CACAGGCACGUACAGACACACAUACACACAGAUACAUGUACAUACACAGAAAUACACACGUACAGACACAUGUACAUACAUACACAGACAAAUGUACACACAUACACAUGUAUGUACAUACACACACAUGUACACACACACAUACAUGUACAUACAUGCAGACACAUGUACAGAUACACACAUGUACAUACACACAGACACAUGUACAUGCAUACACGGACACACACAAACACACACACACCCCUAUAAAAAGUUGCAGUACUUCGUUGUUCACUCACAGAGCCAGGUACUGCACUCUAGGGGAGGCAGAGAGCACAGCACACACUUCUUCCUUUGCUUUCACUGCGCUCAGCUAUUGAG